AAUCUACUAUUUUCCUUUUUUUUUUUUUUUAAUAUAACAUAAUAAUUUAAUAUUAUUAAUUUAAAUAGAAAAAAGAAUCACUGACCAGACGAGCAGUUAUUUGUGAGAGUAACUAUGGAUUUAUGUCCACAUCUGCGACUGUCUUGUGCUUCUAUGCUACGUUCUCUGCCACCCUCUCUGUGUCUCUUUGUCCCCCCUCUCUGAAGGAUUUUGCUUCUGCUCUCUGAACAGAAGUCCACGCCCCUAUGAAUCUGAGAGAGAACAUUUUAAUCGGUUAGAGUACUUUGUGAAGAAGGUGGUCCCUGGAAUCAAUAAGAAAGUGCAAUACUCUGUCCUGUGUCUCUGUUUCUGCUCCAGGUUGUGCGAUCAUUUAGAUAUGGAGAAAAAGACGGAUACAAGCUCUCCUGUUGGGGUUCUUGAAGAAUGCUUCAGGAACGAAGAAUCCGAAAGCUGUUCUUCUAGAGAACCCACAUCAGACUUGGAUGCUCAAAGAAGUUCAAAACCCACUUCCCGUUGGCAUGGAUUUUUCCAAUUGCUGAGAAGUAGAUCAAAGAAGCCUUUAGCUACAUUGCAUCCUCUCAGUGUCCUAAAACUUUCAUUGAGAAGGAGCUCUAGUAUGAGAGAGAUGGUACCAAAUCUUUAUUCAAAUUCUGAUUCAUACAAUUUAAAGUCCCCAAGAACGAGCUUCACUCUCUCUGCGCUCCAAGCUGCAACCAACAAUUUCAGCCGAGAAAAUCUGAUUGGAAAGGGUGGUUAUGCCGAAGUUUACAAAGGGUGUUUGAAAAAUGGGAAACUGGUGGCUAUUAAGCGGCUGACACGAGGAACACCAGAUGAGGUGAUUGGGGACUUUCUAUCAGAGAUGGGGAUUAUGGCCCAUGUAAACCAUCCUAAUACAGCUAAAUUAAUUGGCUAUGGGAUUGAAGGAGGAAUGCACCUUGUUCUUGAAUUGUCUCCCCAUGGGAGCUUAGCUUCUCUGCUUUAUGGCUCCAAAGAGACAUUGACAUGGGACAUUAGGUAUAAGAUUGCACUCGGAACCGCUGAGGGUUUACUCUAUCUUCACGAUGGUUGCCAGAGAAGAAUAGUGCAUAGAGACAUCAAGGCUGCUAACAUUUUGCUUACAGAAGACUUUGAGCUUCAGAUUUGUGAUUUUGGGCUUGCAAAAUGGCUACCCGAGCAUUGGACUCACCACAUUGUACCCAAAUUCGAGGGCACAUUUGGCUAUCUUGCUCCAGAGUACCUAAUGCACGGAAUAGUGGAUGAAAAAACAGAUGUUUUUGCCUUUGGUGUAUUGUUGCUGGAAUUAGUCACAGGGCGGCGAGCACUGGAUUACUCGCAGCAAAGCCUUGUCUUGUGGGCAAAACCUUUGCUCAAGAAGAGUGAGAUUAGGGAGUUAGUUGAUCCUGAUCUUGCAGAUGAUUAUAAUGCUGGACAGAUGAAUCUCAUGCUUUUGGCUGCUUCUUUAUGCAUACAACAGUCUUCAUUACGGAGGCCUCAAAUGACUCAGGUUGUGCAGAUUCUGAAUGGUAAUCUCGGCUACUUUAAAUGCACGAAAAAAUCCCGAGUGGCAUUCUAUCGGAAAGCUUUCCGCGAUGAGCUCUUCAGAACAGAGGAACAUAAGUCACCCAAGAAUUAGACCCAUCCCAUUUAAGCUAACAAGUUGAUUUUGCUAUGUACCUAUUUUGGGCAUUGGAGUCCGAGGCUCCAUUUUCCCCUUAACCAUGGAACUACUGACUGUAGGUUGUGCCGUUGAAGUUGGCAAUGCUAAGUUGGAAACCAAAAUGCUAGAUUUCGUUAAAGAUUAUAAGAGAGGAAAGGAAAUUCCUAUUCCGAAGGAAUGAAUCGCAAUGCUUUUUAACUUGUGUAUAUACAAAAAUUUAAAAACAAAGAAUGAAUGCAAAGAAACAAGAGGAGGAACCAAAACUGAAUGAUGAAAUUGUAUUCA